GUGCGGUGGCGUUGCAGAUCUCGUGUUUCUCUGAGGCAGAGAGGAUCUACAUGUUGGCUAAAGACACAACCGUCAACAACAAGACGCUCACUUCGCUCGUUAUCCCAGAGAUCGUGCACAACCAGCUGGGAGAAGACGUGUGUCCCCUGCUGGUGUUUGUGAACCCGAAAAGCGGCGGUCUGAAAGGCAGAGAGCUCCUCUACAGCUUCAGGAAGCUCCUGAACCCUCAUCAGGUCUUUGACAUUUCCAACGGAGGACCGCUGGCUGGCCUCCACACGUUCCGGGCGGUUCCCAGGUUUCGGGUGCUGGUCUGUGGGGGUGAUGGGACCGUGGGCUGGGUGCUGGGAGUACUGGAGGCUGUCCGGCACAAACUGGUGUGUCGAGAGCCGCCCAUCGGCAUCGUACCGCUGGGAACAGGUAACGACUUGGCCCGCAUCCUGCGCUGGGGGCCGGGUUACAGCGGCGAGGACCCCCACCAUAUCCUGGUCUCUGUGGACGAGGCAGACGAGGUUCUGAUGGACCGUUGGACCAUCCUGCUGGACGCACAGGACAUCUCUGAAGACGGCAAGGACAACGGCUUCCUGGAGCCGCCCAAGGUCUGGCCCAGGUCCUGGUUCAGGUCGUCCAGGACAGUUUGGAUCAUUUCAUUAGGGAUUUAUUAAUCAAUCUGUCAAAUCUGGAGUGAUGCAUCAGGCUAAUAUCAUGGAAAUGUUUUAAAAAAACAUUUCCAUGAUCUACAAAAUCUGUAGAAAAAGUAACUGUUUAGUUACUGUUGUUGUGUUUGACACCCUCUGCCAGAG